CUUUCGGCCUUUUCGCGGGCUGGUUGAUAACUUCUGAUUCUCUUUCGAUAAGAAAAUUUGGGGAGGGCACUAUCUUCUGCUCUUGCUUGGUUCUCCGGUUUGAGCUCAGCAUUUUCGUCUGGACUCUAUGGAGAUAGAGGCGGCGAGCGGGAGCGGUGGAGGCGGUGCCGUGUAUGAGAGCAAAGCAUUUUCGAAGGGAACGUUCUUGGUAUGGGAGGAUCUCAGUGCGGUCUUGCCAAACUUCGGCCAUGGACACACCAAGAGGCUGCUUCAAGGCCUCAACGGCUACGCUGAACCGGGUCGGAUCAUGGCCAUCAUGGGCCCUUCUGGGUCGGGUAAAUCCACCCUACUUGACUCUCUAGCAGGUAGAUUAUCCAGAAAAGUGAUCAUGACUGGGAAUGUCCUCUUGGACGGGAAAAAGAAGAGACUUGAAUAUGGUGUUGCGGCUUAUGUGACUCAAGAGGACGUCUUACUGGGAACACUAACAGUUAGAGAAACCAUAAAGUACUCAGCUCUAUUGAGGCUCCCAACCACAAUGAGCAAAGAUGAAGUGAAUUCUAUUGUUGAAGGAACAAUCAUAGAAAUGGGUCUCCAAGAUUGUGCAGAUAGAGUGAUCGGCAACUGGCAUUUGAGAGGAAUAAGUGGUGGAGAGAAGAAGAGACUCAGCAUUGCACUCGAAAUCCUCACCCGCCCUCAUUUACUCUUCCUUGAUGAACCCACGAGUGGUCUGGACAGUGCUUCGGCUUUCUUUGUGGUCCAGACUCUGAGAAAUAUCGCUCGUGAUGGAAGGACCGUGAUCUCAUCAAUUCAUCAACCGAGUAGUGAAGUCUUUGCUCUCUUUGAUGAUCUUUACUUGCUGUCCAGUGGUGAAACUGUCUAUUUUGGAGAAGCAAAGAUGGCUAUUGAGUUCUUCUCUGAAGCUGGCUUUCCGUGUCCACGAAAAAGGAAUCCUUCAGAUCACUUCUUACGUUGCAUCAAUUCAGACUUCGACAAAGUGACAGCCACACUGAAAGGAUCUCAAAGAAUUCAUGAUGUCCCAAACUCAUCAGAUCCUUUCAUGAAUCUGGCAACAGCGGAGAUCAGAGCACUGCUGGUUGAGAAGUACAGGUGUUCAAAAUACGCAAAAAGAGUCAAAGCCAGAAUCGGAGAGAUAACAACUGCUAAGGGACUUGAUGUUAAAAAGAAAAGUGGGAGCCAAGCAACAUGGUGGAAGCAACUUACGACUUUAACACGGAGAUCGCUGGUUAACAUGUCCAGAGACGUAGGAUAUUACUGGCUAAGGAUAAUAGUAUACCUAAUUGUAUCAGUUUGCGUCGGCACCAUCUUUUUUGAUGUUGGCAAUAGCUACACUGCAAUCCUGGCCCGCGGAGCUUGCGGUGCAUUCAUAUCUGGCUUCAUGACAUUUAUGUCCAUUGGUGGCUUUCCAUCCUUCAUCGAAGAAAUGAAGGUUUUCUAUCGGGAAAGGCUUAAUGGGUACUAUGGUGUGGCGGUGUUCAUCAUCUCAAAUUUCCUUUCUUCAUUCCCUUUCCUGGUCGCCAUAACAUUAACCACGGGGACUAUCACCUACCACAUGGUGAAAUUUAGGCCAGAGUUUUCUCACUACGUGUUCUUCUGCCUCAACAUCUAUGCCUGCAUAGCUGUCAUAGAGAGCCUCAUGAUGGUAGUUGCAUCACUAGUUCCAAACUUCUUGAUGGGAAUCAUUACAGGAGCUGGAAUUAUAGGAAUACUGAUGAUGACCUCUGGAUUCUUCAGACUUCUGCCAGACCUUCCAAAACCCUUUUGGCGGUACCCAAUUUCGUAUCUUAGUUAUGGCUCAUGGGCUAUACAGGGUGCCUACAAGAACGACUUGCUUGGUCUUGAAUUCGAUCCCUUAAUACCUGGCGAGCCAAAACUGAAAGGCGACGUUGUCAUCACAACUAUGUUUGGGAUUCAACUGGAUCAUUCCAAGUGGUGGGAUUUGUCUGCUAUCUUCAUUAUUCUCAUAGGUUACAGACUUAUUUUCUUUGCCAUCCUCAAGUUCAAGGAGAGAGCUUCUCCUGUGUUUAACAAGAUUUAUGCCAAGAGCAGUCUACAUCAACUUGAUAAAAGGCCUUCCUUCAGGAAAGUACCCUCUUUAUCCAAGAGGCACCAGCCACUACAUUCACUGUCUUCUCAGGAGGGCCUUAACUCUCCACUCCACUAAAAGAUCGAAGAAAGUUGGGAUUCCCAAUUAUAGUGCAGCAUUUAUGGUCAUGUAGCUUGUAACUAUAUCUUACAGAACACAGAUGAGAAGACAAUUUUUCAUUGGGCAUUUGUAAUAUCUCCUUGCAACAAGAAAAAAAAAAGCCUACGAGAUUCAAGUAUGUAAUAAUCAUACUAUGCCAACUAUCCAACUCUUUCGAUUUGCACAAGUUGAGGAAACUAUUAUGCUCGAGCUAAGAUUUACAA